AUGAGGAGCCUACUGUUGGUCCUUGUACUGCUUGUCAUGCUCUCCUAUGUUCCACCAGUUAAAAGUGGACCAAAUAGUUACAUACGACGAGCCUUUUCUUCAUGUUGGCGAACAAAAGGUAUUUGCAAGGUAAAAUGUUCGGGAAGCGAAAUAUACCAUACUUUCUGUGAGUCCAUAUAUCUGUGCUGCAUAAACAAAAAGGAUUUACCUGUUCUGGUGGGGAAGUAG